AUGCAAUUUGCCACAAUUGGAAAUAUUGGGGUCAUGAAGUGGGCACGCCAACAAGGAUUCCCAUGGAAUGAUGGGACAUGUGCCUGUGCUGCACACCGUGGCCACUUGGGAUUGUUAAAGUGGGCUCAUGAAAAUGGUUGUCCAUGGAAUGACCAGACAUGUGCCUGUGCUGCACACCGUGGCCACUUGGGAUUGUUAAAGUGGGCUCGCAGAAAUGGUUGUCCAUGGGAUGAACUGACAUGUGCCCGUGCUGCUGAAGGAGGCCACUUUGAUGUGCUCAAGUGGGCUUGUGAAAACGGUUGUCCAUGGGAUGAACAGACAUGUGCUGGUGCUGCUGAAGGAGGCCACCUUGAUGUGCUCAUGUGGGCUCUUGAAAAUGGUGUUCCAUGGGAUGAACAGACAUGUGCCAGUGCUGCUGGUGAAGGUCACCUUGAUGUGCUCAAGUGGGCUCGUGAAAAUGGUUGUCCAUGGGAUGAACAGACAUGUGCAGAUGCUGCUCGAAGAGCUCAGCUUGAUGUGCUCAAGUGGGCUCGUGAGAAUGGUUGUCCAUGGGAUGAACAGACAUGUGCCGGUGCAGCUGAUGGGGGGCACCUUGAUGUGCUCAAGUGGGCUCGCAUGAAUGGUUGUCAAUGGGGUGCAGCAACAUUUGCAACUGCUGUAAGAAGCAACAAAAGCGAAGUAAUUCGGUGGCUACACGAGAAUGACUGCCCGGGAUCUCACGAUGAAUGA